AUAGGUGUGCAGCUGGUGGUUACCAUGGUGAUGACUAGCAUUAUACAGAAGAUCAUACCUCACUACUCUCUUGCCCGGUGGCUUCUUUGCAGUGGAAGUUUGCGGUGGUACCUGCAUCCCACAGAAGAAGAAUUACGUAUUCUUGCAGGAAAACAACAAAAGGGAAAAAGCAAGAAAGAUAGGAAGUACAAUGGUCACAUUGAAAACAAACCAUUAACCAUUCCUAAAGAUAUUAAUCUUCAUCUGGAAACAAAAUCUAUCACUGAAAUGGAUGCAUUGGCCCUGCAUUAUUUUCCUGAGUAUCAGUGGUUGGUGGACUUCACAGUGGCAGCUACAGUGGUAUAUUUGGUAACUGAAGCUUACUAUACUUGGAUGAAGCCUUCACAAGAAAUGAAUAUCAGCAUAGUCUGGUGUUUUCUUGUUCUUGCUUUUGCAAUCAAAAUAUUGUUCUCAUUAACUACACACUACUUUAAAGUUGAAGAAGGAGGUGAAAAAUCAGUCUGUGUAACUUUUGGCUUCUUUUUCUUUGUCAAAGCAAUGGUAAUUCUGAUUGUAACAGAAAACUAUUUGGAGUUUGGACUUGAAUCAGGUUUCUCCAAUUUUUCAGAAAGUGCAGUGCGAUUUUUUGAAAAACAAGGGUUGGAAUCCCAGGGUCCUGUUUCUAAGCUAACCUUCAAACUUUUCCUGGCUAUCCUUUGUUCACUUAUUGGAGCUUUCUUGACAUUCCCUGGUUUGAGGCUGGCUCAGAUGCAUCUAGAUGCUUUGAGUUUAACAACCGAAAAAAUCACCCAAACUCUGCUACAUAUAAACUUCCUGGCACCUCUACUUAUGGUGUUAUUAUGGGUAAAGCCAAUUACCAAGGAUUAUAUUAUGAACCCACCAUUAGGAAAAGAAAAUGUGCCUUUAAUGUCAGAAGCUACAUUUGAUACUCUAAGAUUGUGGAUUAUAAUUCUCCUAUGUGCUUUGAGGUUAGCCAUGAUGCGUAGCCAUCUCCAAGCCUAUCUGAAUUUAGCACAGAAAUGUGUGGAUCAGAUGAAAAAAGAAGUGGGAAGAAUAAGUACUGUUGAAUUGCAGAAAAUGGUGGCCAGAGUAUUUUAUUAUCUUUGUAUAAUUGCUCUUCAAUAUGUGGCACCUCUGGUUAUGUUGCUGCACAUGACUCUUCUAUUAAAAACUUUAGGUAACUAUUCGUGGGGCAUUUAUCCAGAAUUAACCUCAGAUAUACCCCCAGAGGACAGUCCACAGAGCAGUUCAGUAAGCUCUGAAUCGUCAUCUGAUGAUAGAAAGAUGAAGGUAACCGUAAUACAGCUAACAAUGGCUCUGGCUAGCCUGAAGAACAUUUUCACUCCACUAUUAUUCAGAGGACUCCUUUCAUUUCUUACUUGGUGGAUUGCUGCUUGUCUUUUUUCCACAAGCCUUUUUGGGCUGUUCUAUCAUCAAUACUUGACAGUAGCAUGAUUUUAAAAAGCAGCCAUUCAAAGAAGUCUGUGUUCCCCGACAAAGCAGAAGAAUAUUGGAAGAAAUAACAUAAUAAAGUUUCAUUCUUUUAAUACCUCUUCGAUCAUCACAAGCAAUGUAGUGUGUAAUAUCAAAAAAAAACUUGACUUCAUAACACUAUUAUCCAAAUUUGUAGUCAGAAUUAAGAGAGGGUUACUUUGAGAUUUGUUUUAAGUAUUUUUUUAUUUUCAUGAGUUCCAUCCUACCCUGGGAGCAUGAUGUAUUCAGUCAUUGAUUGACUGAUCUUAGUGGUAUUAAGAUAAAAAGAUAAUAUUAAUGGUGACUGCCUAAAAGUGAACUUUUAACUGAGCCAUAUAAGGAGCCAGAAACUUGGAUAACUUUUCUUUUGAAAAGCAAACUAAUUCCACAGGACAAACAAAAUACUGUAUAUUACAGUACAGGAAACAUUCUGAAUAGAGUUUGUUGUAAAUAAAGUGCAUGGAAUAAAGAAGAAUUGUCCUGCAGGAGGUGUUUUCAUAUUAGUACUGCAUCACUUGUGUGAAAAUUCAGGAACGUAAGUUUCUCAGAUGUUACAGGCAUGUGUCUCUGAGCACUCAUGUAUUUAAAAUGAAUGUUUAGUGUUUAUAAUCUGCAGGCAGUAAGCUCAUGAAUUGUUUGAAAGCUUACUACAUGUACUUUGCUUCUGCACAUUCACAAAUUAUGUAAAAUGGUAUAAUAUGCUUAUGCAUUUCAUUAUACCACAUAAUGUAAUGUGUGAAGAAGUUCUAAAAUUGGUAUUAUAAGAGUAAUAUAAUUAUAUUUUUUCGGUCUCAUCAGUCAUUUUAAAAAUAAUAAAUGGUCAUAAAAAUCAUUGAAUGUUUAGUAUUGGUGCUAAUAAUUAACUAGAAAUUUAUUUAGCUUUUAUGGGUUCCAUAAUUUAACAAAUGCCAUUAUUAUAGCACUAGUCGAUGAUAUUUGACACUAAUCAAUACUAAACUAAUUUUAACAAGUAUAAUUCAGUAAACAGUCUUUGAAAACAUCAGCAGUGGAAUGUAUGC